GCAAGUCAAUCCGUGUUGGGCUCAAGAGUCAGAGGAGGUGAUACCGGGGUUGGAAAGUAGGGAAAGUGGGACAGCGGUGAGGGCGUAGGGUGUUGAGCACGCGGCUUUUAGGUUGUCGUCUUGACGACGCAAAGUUUGUCGCUCGCUCCCGUCUCGUCAGAAGCGGCACGCGCUCGGCGUGUGCCAGUGUUGAGAGGGGAAAACCUCAGUCAGUGGCAAAUUUGGGAAACGGGGUGGAGGAAAUGGCAUUUCAGCUGUUUUUGCUGCCCGAGCGCGGCGCUGCUGCUGCUGGUGGAGGUGACGCCUGAAGGGAGCUUUACUAACGAGGGAUAUAUCUCUGAUAGCUGAAGAUGGUGAAUUCAAGUGUUUUAUUAUCGUCAUGGCAAACGGAACCGGCAGCAUCAUGUUGAAAUGCGUGGUCGUCGGCGACGGCGCCGUUGGAAAAACUUGUCUGUUGAUGAGCUAUGCCAACGACGCGUUUCCAGAGGAAUAUGUGCCCACUGUCUUUGAUCAUUAUGCAGUGAGUGUGACGGUUGGGGGAAAACAGUACCUGCUGGGGCUGUAUGACACUGCGGGUCAGGUAGGGUUAACUCAUUCCUCUCUUAUUGGCCUGAGGCCUUUUCAUUAGCAAUAGUAACUCGAUCGAUUCAGGCAAAGUACACGGUGGCCUGUUCAGAUGCGUUCUGAGACUUUUUGC